AAACUAGACUUCUUUUUAAAAUCAGUCAACUUACAACUUUUUACAAUUAGUAAUUUAAUUUAAAUAAUGGGGCUGCUGCAGCGAUUGCGCUUGCAUUUGCCAAGGAUCUGGCGACUUAUCCGCCGGUACAAGUUACUUAUAAUUAUUAUAUUUGUCCUAUUCUGCAUCUACCGCAAUCAAAUAGUAAAAUAUGUGGAUAAUACCGAUCGAAAAGCUGAAUUGCCCGGUUGGGAACGCAAGAAGCCCAUGAAAAUAGGCGAUUAUCUGGACCAAAAGACAAACACAGCACUUAUUGUGCCACAGGAUCUAUGCAAGAGGAAAACCUUUCUGGUUAUAGUCGUUUGCUCCAGCCUGGACCACUUUACCCAACGAAAGACUGUACGGGAGACUUGGGGAAAUACCAGGGAGUUCAAUUAUGGAGUGUUCAUGAAGCUACAUGGUCACCUGGAAGGCAAAUACCUGCCCAUUAUGAAGGAUCGUAUUAAGCUCUACACCGAUUAUCUGAGUGUUUUGGAUCACUCGUUAACCGCCACUGUAAGGGUUGUCUUCAUGGUUGGACGCUCCAAGCACGAUUUCAUUCAAGAAAAGCUGUCCAGAGAGGCAAAUCAACACAACGAUAUCAUCCAAGAGAACUUUGUGGACAGUUACCACAACCUGACCCUCAAAUCGGUGAUGGCACUGAAGCACAUCAGCCAGAGAUGCGCAAAAACAGCCUCCUUCUUCCUGAAAUGUGACGAUGAUAGCUUCGUGAAUGUGCCCAAUCUGCUGCACUUCCUGCUGGGCGGUACAAUCCCCCUGUAUGAAGAAACCGUGGGCUAUCACUUCCGCACCACUUACAAAGUAAUGUCGCCUUGGAAUCGUUUGAACGCCAGCAGCGAAGUGAUGUACGGCCACAAGUUCUGCAACAUGCAGGCCAACUACGAUGUGAGCAGUCCCUGGUACAUGCCGCAGUAUAUGUUUCGGGGGGCGAAGUACCCAAAGUAUCUAUCCGGAACCGGCUAUCUGCUGUCCAUAGACGUGGUUCGGCGGUUGUACGAACAAGCUCUUACCACAUCCCUCGUACAUCUGGAGGACGUCUUCGUCACAGGCAUCUGUGCGGAGCAGGCGGGUAUCCAGCGGCGCCAUUAUCCUCUCUUCAACUACGUCCACGGGAAGCCACUGUGCAUCUUCAAGGGGACCAUUUCGCUUCACCCGGUGCCUGGGCAUACAAUGUUGAAGGCCUGGUCAUUUGUAUCCAACUAUAGCGUUAAGUGUCCACCACCAGAUAGGCACGUCAUCAAGAGUCAAAUAACAAAGAAGUCACACUGUUAAGAU